UCACGAUCACUGACAGCGAUGACACCUUUGAUAAUUCUAUGUUCUAAGUCCUCAAUAAAUAUUUUGAAAUUUGGGUUAUUUUAAAAUUAGGUGCUGAACUAGUGCCGGAGUUAAUUUUUUUGAAAAUGGCACUCACAUUCGAAAAUGUAAUGGAGUAUUAUUAUAAAAAUCCCAAAUUUUCAGAUCCAUCUGAUAUAUCCUGUAGAAAUUUGAAUCCUAUCAAGAAAUGGCUCAAAGAUCAAUUAAAACAGAAUACCGGAAAAAAUAAUGAUAUAUCUAGCCUUAUUCGCAAAGAAGGAAAUAAAUUUUAUAAGGAGAAAUCUUUAACAAAUAGUUUAAAAUCUUAUAACUCUAGUAUGUGUUAUGCACAAGAAUCUUCAGAGGAGUAUUUCUUAGCUUUAGCUAAUAGAUCAGCUGCAACAUUUGAGCUAGAAAGAUAUGAAGAUUGUCUGAAAGAUGUAAAUUUAUGUUUGGAUUCUCCUACCUAUCCUAUGAAUUUGAGGCCAAAAUUAUAUUCUAGAAAAGAUGAAUGUUUGAAAAAACUUGAUAAAAUCUCAAACACAAAAAAUCAAUUUGAAAAUGACAUGGCUGUUAAAACCGAACAAUUACCUUUGUUUGAAAAUGGCGAAAAUCCGAAUUAUGCAUAUGCUGCUCCUGCGAUAGAAUUAAGGUUCAAUGAAGAAAAAGGAAGACAUGUAGUGGCUAAGCAAACUAUUAAAAAGGGAGAUACCUUAUUCAUUGAGAAAGCAUUUGCAUUUGGCCCAAUAUUUGAUGAACACUCAAGAACAAUGCAUAUGCUGAAAUGUCAUGAGUGUCUUAAUGAUAUUUACUGUGGUGUUCCUUGCAGAUAUUGUGCAAAAUGCAUUUUUUGCAAUUCAAAAUGUCGAGAUAAAUCCUGGGAAGAAUCACACAAAUGGGAAUGCCGAGGAAUGUUUGGAGAUAUUUGGUACCACUUAGGAAUUGCAUAUCCAGCUUUCAGGGCUUUAUUGAAAGGCAUCAACAGUACCCUCCAAACAGUUGAAUUGGAUAAUAUAAAAUGUUUUGGAGACAAAGAGGAUAAUUAUUCAUUUUUCAACAGUUUACUGUUCGAUAAAGAUAACAAGUAUUUAGAUGCUUCAGUUAUGAGUAUAACUGUUGUGACAUAUCUAAAACAUUAUACAAAUUUCUUCAUAUGGUUUCUAUCUCAACCCAAAAAUUGUUAUAGUUGGACUAUGCAUUGCUUAGAAACUUUCUUUGAACUUCAGCUUACUAAACACAUACUUCAAUUUCAGAAUAAUAGUUCAAUAAUAGAACACUGGAUAGAAGGGAAAGAUUUGCCUUCAGACAAAGAACCAGUAGCAUGUGGUAUUUUUCCUUCUGUUAGUAUAAUGAACCAUUCUUGCAAACCUAAUAUCACAAAUUAUUUUGUGUGUGACACAAUAGUAGUUAAGGCGCUAGAAGACAUCAAGAAAGAUGAAGAAAUAUGCAAUUGUUAUGGUAUAUGUUACCGGAAUAUGAAUAAAAUUGAAAGACAACAAAAUUGCUCCCAAUUGUAUCACUUCAAAUGCAAUUGUGUAAUUUGUUCAGAUCCUAGUAAGGAAAUGGAUGUAUUUGAUGUUUUCAUUUGUACAAAGUGUGGCAAUGAUAUUCCAAAAGUAAUCAAUAAAAAGAAAAUAUUUUUGUGCCAAAAUUGUGGCACUAAAGUAGACAAUCAAAUUUUAAUAGAUAUAUACCAGAAUAUCGAACUUGAAGAAGAGGAAAAUGGUGUGGAAUCGUUACUUAAUUCUUUAACUCGCAAGAAAAAAUUGCUUAAUAGAUAUCAUUCAAGUUUACAAAAGACUUGUUUCAAAUUAUAUCUGUUUUAUAAAGAGAUAGGGAACACUAAAUGUAUGUUGAAGUAUUUCAAAAAAUGGCUAAAAAUAGAAAAAUUCAAAGUAGGACAGGAUAUACAACUAUUUGGUUUUCUUUUAUAUGAAGUAGGCUCUUUUUUAUUUUCAAAAGCCAGCACAGUUGAAGACAAACAAAUGCUUGAUGAAGCUAAAAACUUUUUGGCAGAAGCCAAACAUAUUUGUGAACUACAUUAUCCUCCAUAUAUCACUCAUAGGAUAUAAAUUGGAGGAAAUUAAAUGGUGGUUGAGUACAAGGUGUAUAAAAAAAUGGUUUUACCUUUGUGCUGAUGUAAUGUAGUGGAAGAGUAGUAAGAUCAGAAACAUGACUUUUACUCAGCAGAGGCAAAUUAUUAUACUAAUCUGGACAAAAAAAAAGGCUGUGAAUGCAGAAAGAUGUAUCAAUAUGCAAAAGUUAUUUUUAUAUUAUAUUUCUUUAUAUAUAUAUAUAUAUAUAUAUAUAUAUAUAUAUAUAUUUUGGGGGUUUGGCGGAACAUUAAACAUAAGAAAAUGGAAGUUAGGUGGGGUUGCAUGCUACACUCAGCCACAAAAAUUCGACUUAGACCCCAAUAAUUUUUUUGAAUGCCCUCAAAUUAUACAAAAAGAGUUAACAAAAAUUUUAAAGAUCAACUUCGUGGUGCAUUCAAAUUUCCAAAAAUAAAAAAAAAAAUCUUGGCGUCCAGGUCCAAUUUUUGGGGCUGAGUAGGUAUCAGACCAACCCACCUACCUCCCAUUUUCGUAUAUUCAACGUUCUGCCGAACAUUCUGUAUAUACAGGGUGAGGCAUUUAACUACUAUGUACUAAAUGUUUCAAAUAAAAAUUUUUAAGUAUCAAGGGGGACAGAAUAUGAAUUUAUUUUUUUUAACCUUCACUUUGACUUCAAGGUUAUUUCAAGGUCAACCUGAUUUUUUAAAUGGAAAGUUAUAUUUUUUUAGUGCAGAUUCUUAUUCUUCUUAAAAAAAGUACUAACUUUUGUUGCAAAUUCUUUGGAUUUCAAAAUAUUCAACUACAUUUCAUGCAAACAGAAAAAAAUUAAAAUUAAUAAUGAUAAAUUUUUAAUAAUUUCAUAUUAUUUCAGUAACUGUUCAAAAUGAUGACUUUGGACUUCGAUACAUUUAUCAAUUCUUCUAAUAAAUGAUUCAUUACAUUACUUCAAAGUUUCUGCAUCAAUAUUCCUGCAGCCGUAUAAAGAAAAUGUAGUUCAAUAUGAUGAAAAAAGUUUCAAACAAAAGUUACGACUUUUUUCAUUAAGAAUAAGAACCUGCACUAAAAAAUAUACCUUUCCUUUGAAAAGAAUCUGGUCAACCCUGAAGUCGAGGUUAAAACAAAGUAUGAUACCCAACAACUUUUAGUUGAAAAUUUUUUUUCUAAAUUUCAUAGUUUCUGAGAUAAUUUACUGUCUCAAGUUAAAUGCCUCACCCGGUAUAUUACUUUGAAACUAAUGAAACCGGUCCAUGCUAUAAUAUGUUGUAAACAGGUCAGCUUCAUUCAAAGCUUGGCCUUUGUCCUAAUUUUCCUUGGAGAAAUUAUUAAAGUUGAUUUUUAAAAAUA